AGAAUAUAUCGAGUUUAGUGUAGAAUACAUCUCCGAAGCCUUCGGUUACGGAUGAAAUGACUGCGCCAGAUAAUAAUUAUACUUGGAUCAUCGUCGUAGCUCGACUGGUUUCACUGUUAUACUACAGCACCGGCACUUAAAUCACGACACACGUCCCGUGACCCAUAGCGUGCGCUAAAAUCCGAAUCCGCGUUCGUGAGCGCGUUCUCUCGCGAUUUGCCGACAUUUAAAUCACACUCGCACGGCACUCAUUUUGCGGUCAUUAAAAUAAUAAUUGCACGUCUCGUCUGCACUCGAUACGACGCGCGUUGCCGAUCGUCAUUAUGACUUCUUCCGGCGGAAGUUGCGAGUGCCCGUGGUCCGACUCGUCGUUCCUGUCCGGCUCGUGCGGCAACACCGGUGGUCUGGCGUUUUUCAUGUCGUUGGUUGACCUGGUGAUCCGGUCGCAGUGUUCGGUGACGGACUCGUGUCGCCGGGCCACGGGCCGCCGGCCGUUUCCGGCCGGUCCGGUGUAUCCGGAGGAACUCGACUUCGUGGUGGUCGGCGGCGGUGUGGCCGGUUCCGUGGUAGCGUCCCGGCUGAGCGAGGUGGCCGGUUGGACGGUGGGACUGCUGGAGGCCGGGCCCGAGGAGCCGUCGGCCACGUCGGUGCCAGCGUUCGCGUCCGCCGCGAUGGGCACCGAGCUCGACUGGCGGUACCUGACCGAGCCGCAGAGUAACGCUUGCUUGGCCGCGGGCGGGAUAUGCGUGUGGCCGCGGGGUAAGAUGUUGGGCGGCACCGGGGCUAUGACGGGCAUGAUGUACUCGAGGGGCCACCGAAGCGUGUACGACGGAUGGCGCGAUUCGGGAGCAGUAGGCUGGGGCUACGACGACGUGCUGCCGUACUUCAAGAAGUCCGAGAGGAAUAAAGACGUCGACAUGGUGGAACCCGAGUACCACGGGUUCGACGGUCCUGUGUCCGUGCAGCGGUUCGCACAUCGUCCUGAAAUGGCGGAGUCUAUCGUGCAGGCCGGCGUCGAGCUGGGCUACAGAUCCGGUGACCUUAACGGACACAAUCAAACAGGAUUUUCCGUAGCCCAGGUGAUGGUGGAUGACGGUCUGCGGAUGAGCACUUCACGGGCGUAUUUGCGACCCGCCCACAAAAGACCUAACCUGUUCGUGAAGAUCAACAGCCGCGUGACCGGGUUGGUGUUGAAUAAGCUGAAUAACCGCGUGCAGGGUGUUAAGUACGUGGACCAGUACGGUGAGCACAUGGUGCGCGCCCGAAAGGAAGUGAUCCUGUCGGCGGGCGUUGUUGGUUCCUCACAUCUGCUUCUGGUGUCUGGCAUUGGGCCAGCUGAGGAACUGCUCCGGGCUGGUGUCACUGUUUUCCAGGAUCUGCCGGUCGGUCGGAACCUGCAGCACCACGUGUCCGUCAGCGUCGCUGCUACGGUAAACGCAUCUGAGGAGGCCUACUACCUGACCAUGGACGCGGUGUCCGAGUUCCUGGCCAAGCGCACUGGUCCGCUGGCCAGCACGGGACUCACGCAGACCACGGGAUUUUUGACCACCUCGUACUCGGUGGACGGGGUACCGGACGCACAGGUGUACUUUGAUGGUCUGGCGCCUAACUGCGACAAGAUCCCGAUGGAUCCGGACGGCCCGGCGUACCGGAAGUAUGACGGUGCUAGAGCUUACGUGUGGGCCAGACCGACGUACCUGUUGACGAGGAGUAAGGGCUACAUCGCGUUGCGGACCGGAAACCCUCUGGACGACCCGAUCAUCCAGCCCAAUUACUUCCAGGACCCGCGGGACGUGUUGGCCAUGGUCGAGAGUAUACGUAUCGUGUUGUCGUUGAUGGGCACGCGGGCGCUGAGAAAGUGGGACAUGCAGCCGGACACUACGCCAUACCAGGAAUGCGCGCAGCACACGUACAACUCGGACGCAUACUGGGCGUGCGUGGUGGUCACCGACACGAAGCCCGAGAACCACCAUUCGGGAACUUGCAAGAUGGGACCCAUCGACGACCCGGAAACGGUGGUCGACCCGGAGCUCAGGGUGCUCGGCGUGGCCAACCUGAGGGUGAUGGACGCGUCCGUGUUCCCAACCGGACCCAACUGUAAUCCCAUAGCGCCGGUCAUAAUGGUGGCCGAGAAGGGCUCGGAUAUGGUCAAACGUACUUGGAGAGCAUAUGCGCACGAAAAUAACGUACCGCCAUACAAUAAGUUAAACACGUGAUAAUAAUGUGAUUAUUGUCGAAUUGCGUCGCAGUCGUAGUGAACCUUACCCAUGUGGUCAUGUGUAUUGUAUACGUUAUAAAUAUUAUAUAUUAUAAUAUCAAUUUGCCAUUAUUUAUUGUUUCCACGUUUCUCGGAUGACACUUGUUUUCAGUGUAUCUUUUUGAGUCGAAAAAAAUAUGUAAACAUAGUUCUAGUAAGUAUUUUUAAUAAUUAGGAGGUGUAUACUAUUAGCAUUUAUUAACGUGUUUAACUUUU